AUGCCGUUCUUUGUGAAUCCGCUCAAAAAGCACGAUGCUCUGGAAUACCCGGGGGUCCUAAUUCCUCUAGCCGAGGAGCAAAAUAGUCAAUCGCCAGCAGCCGAUGACAAGAAAUCCGAUGAAAGCUUGGCGGAAAGAGGAUCGAUUCAGACUUCUCAAGCCGGCACAUCAUUGACCCUUGAAGCACUGAAAGCAGAGGUAGAGAGUGAUGUGGCUGCAUCUGGUCACGAUACUGCUUAUGAUCGGAAAUCCAAGGUCAUUAACCGGGCUAUCCAGGAUAUUGGGAUGGGCCGAUAUCAAUGGGAAUUGUUCGUUCUCUGUGGGUUUGGCUGGACUGCAGACAAUCUCUGGCUGCAGGGUGUUGCUCUGACUCUGCCCCCUCUCUCUGCAGAGUUUGGAAUCUCCGAGUCGCAUGUACGAUUUACGACCUGUGCAUUGUUCAUCGGAUUGUGCAUCGGUGCGGUCGUCUGGGGAACUGCUUCGGACAUCAUUGGUCGACGUCUCGCUUUCAACAUGACUUUGUUGCUUUGCGGCGUGUUCGGCCUUGCUGCUGGCGGAGGUCCGACUUGGGUUGGUGUUUGUGCCAUGUAUGCGUGCUUAGGUCUAGGCGUGGGAGGAAAUUUGCCAGUUGACGGAGCAUUGUUCCUCGAGUUCUUACCGUUUGCAUCAGGGAACCUUUUGACCAUGCUCAGUGUUUGGUGGCCCGUUGGACAACUCAUUGGAAGUCUCGUGGCAUGGGGGUUCAUCCCAAACUACUCAUGUCCCUCUGGCGUUCCGUGCCGAAGGGAAGACAACAUGGGCUGGAGAUAUCUCACCAUCACCCUCGGAGCGAUUACUUUCGUUAUGUUUAUUUGCCGCUUUUUCCUUUUCCAUCUCUACGAAUCGCCGAAAUUCUUGCUUUCACGGGGUCGACAGAACGAAGCAGUGGCAACUGUGCAUGCUAUUGCCUACAAAAAUAGAACAAAGACCUGGUUGACCGUGGACAUCUUAAAUGAGAUCGGCGGCUUUCCAGAGGAAGAGACUACUUCCCAGAAGCUGAGUCCAAUGGAGAUGGUUAGGAGGAAGCUUGCAAGCUUCUCCGCCGACCGGAUUGCCCCCUUAUUUGCAACCAAGCGGCUGGGGAUUACCACUCUUUUGUUGUGGUUCUGCUGGGCUACAAUCGGUAUGGCUUACCCUUUGUUCAACGCGUUUUUGCCUCAAUACCUUGGGAACCAAGCAUCCACCCCCGUCUCAAUUGUCUAUCGUAACUACGCGAUCACUUCCAUCGUUGGCGUUCCCGGUUCAAUCCUCGCCUGUUAUACCGUCGACAUCCCCUAUAUCGGGCGCAAGGGAACUAUGGCUGUCUCAACAUGCAUCACCGGUGUCAUCCUCUUCUGUUUCACUAUCUCUAAGAACCCGAACGCUCAAUUAACAUGCACAUGUCUCGAGGCAUUUUUCCAAAAUAUCAUGUACGGAGUGCUGUAUGCGUACACGCCCGAGGUGUUCCCUGCUCCGAACCGUGGAACGGGAACGGGAAUCGCAAGCUGUUUGAAUCGUAUCUGUGGGUUGCUGGCACCCAUUGUGGCUAUUUAUGCAGGAGAUCGGGAUCCAAAUGCUCCAAUAUAUGCAAGCGGAGGGUUGUUCUUGGCGGCGUUUGUUGCGAUGUGUUUGUUUCCGAUUGAAACGCGUGGGAAACAGUCGCUAUAGGCGCACAGGUAUGGCCUCAAUCUUCCUUUUUCUUUUUGUGGGUCGAAUAAGGGGUUUCUAAGGGGAAAGGCUCUGCUUCCCUGUAGAAGAUGGAGAACUUGGGAUGUUUGUUUCACCGUAAAACAGAGUCGGGAGGUUUUUGUCUCUUUGCUCCCUUCUUUAAUUUUAUCCUCUCGGCUGCUGGGAAUGCCGGGAACAGCUGUUGAUACCCCUGGUUUAUAUGAUAUGGGACUAUGGAACGAUAGGGACACAGCAGCAGGACGGGGCCAAAUGGAAUGCCGGUAAUCUAAGUAGUACACUGUAUAUGAUAUAUGGCUCCAAAGGAAUAUUUAACAAUAUCAAACAUAUACAUCAUGUA